CCCUAAUUUAGACUCACAGCCCUUCCUACUCUAACAUGGGAGUCUGAGAGUAGAAAAGCCAGGACUUCUGCGUUCUUCGCGUCCUGCCUCUGCCCCCAUCCCCGGUUUUUUCCUCCCUGAUCGCCAGCGCAGCGGCCAUAGCCGGAUCACCCGCAGUUUGAAAGCCUUUGCUUUCUGAAUCGGUUUCGGAGGCCUCUGGCGGACCGCGGGCGCCUCCAGCCCUUUCAGUUGCAGGGUCCCCCUCGCGCGGCGGGGCCAGGGAGCGCCUAGGGGUUUGCCGAGCGCCGCCCCCCGCCCCUGCGCCGCCCCCGCGCCGCCCCAGCAGAGGCGGAAGCCGAGAGGUGGUCUCGGGCCCUGGGGGCCGGCAGAGGCCUGCGGGUACCAGUCACCGAGCGGAGACCUGCGGCGCGGCUGUAGAGGUCGGCUUGGGAUCCGGCCGGGAGGGCGGCGGCGGGAGGAGCGGCGCGGUGCUGAAGGCGGCAAGUGGGGCGUUCUGGGGCCGGGCGGGGACGGCGGACCGGCAGCACCCCCGCGCUCCGGCCGGGAGACUGGACGCCAGGACGGGUGCGAAACCGAGCCGACCCGGCCCUCUCCCUGCUGACGCAGACAGAGACCGGCGCUCGAUGGCGCAGCUGCUCGGUGGCGCAUUGCUCGGUGGGUCCGGUGGCGCAGUUGCACGAUGGCGCAGUUGCUCGGCGGCGUCGCCGCGGCUGGGCCCUGCUGGUGCCUCCCGAUCCCCGCUAGCCCCAGCCGCUGGCCCUCCGCACCCCACAUAAUGGAUGCUCUUUCUGAAGCAAAUGGCACCUUUGCCAUCCAGCUUUUAAAGAUACUAUGUCAAGACAACCCUUCACACAAUGUGUUUUAUUCUCCUGUGAGCAUCUCCUCUGCCCUCGCCAUGGUCUUCCUGGGGGCAAAAGGAAACACUGCUGCCCAGAUGGCCCAGGUGCUUUCAUUAAGCACAGAGAAGGACAUUCACCAGAAUUUCCAGUCACUUCUUGCUGAAGUGAACAAAUGUGGCACCCAGUACUUGCUCAGAAUAGCCAACAGGCUCUUUGGAGAAAAGACUUGCGAAUUCCUCUCGACCUUUAAGGAAUCCUGUCUUCGGUUCUACGAUGCCGAGCUGGAGCAGCUUCCCUUUGCCAAUGCUGCAGAACAGUCCAGGGAACACAUCAACACUUGGGUCUCCCAAAAGACUGAAGGUAAAAUUCGAGAGGUGCUGCCAGGUAACUCAGUCAGUGCAAACACCAGGCUGGUUCUUGUCAGUGCCAUCUACUUCAAAGGAAGGUGGGAUGAACAGUUCAACAAAAGCUACACAAGGGAAAUGCCUUUUAAAAUAAACCAGAAGGAACAAAGGCCAGUGCUGAUGAUGUUUCAGGAGGCUAUGUUCAAGCUCGCCUAUAUUAAAGAGGUGCAGACCCAGGUCCUGGAGCUCCCCUACAUGGGUAAGGAGUUGAGCAUGAUCGUUCUGCUCCCGGACGAGAACGUGGAUCUAAGCUCGGUGGAAAAAAGUCUCACUUUGGAGAAAUUCAGAGCGUGGACCCAGCCAGACCGGAUGCAGAGCACGGAGGUGGAAGUUUCCCUUCCGAGAUUUCAGCUGGAAGAGGAUUAUGACAUGGCAUCCGUGCUCCGGGGAUUGGGAAUGGUUGAUGCCUUUCAGGAGGGCGCGGCUGACUUCUCGGCCAUGUCAGGAGAGAAAGAUCUGUGUCUGUCCCAGUUCCUACACAAGAGUUUUGUGGAGGUGAAUGAGGAAGGCUCGGAGGCCGCGGCCGCGUCAGCCAUCGUGGCUGUGGAAUGUUGUAUGGACCCUGGCCCUACGUUCUGCGCCGACCACCCCUUCCUUUUCUUCAUUAGGCACAACACAGCCAACACUAUUCUGUUCUGUGGCAGGUUUUCCUCUCCGUAAGGGACACGUUUGUUCAUGUUGUGGCGUGUACUUCACCUCUUUCCAUGACUGAAUAAUAUUUCACCGUAGAGCCGUAACCCAGGAUUUGUUCAUCCACUCAUUCGUUGAUGGACAUUUGAUUUGUUUCCAUCUUUUGGCUAUUGAUGAGUAAUCUUUCUACAAACGCGCAUGUACACGUAUUCAUUUGGGUAGCUGUUGUGUGAGGGUCCGAUUUCUUCACAUCCUUGUCAGCCCUUGUUAUUUUCCACUCCUCUUUUUAAAACUAUUAUGGCCGCUCUAGGGGUGGGAAGCGAAAUGUCAUUAUAUGAUUUAUUUGCAUUUUCCUAAUGACUAGUAGUGUUGAACAUCUUUUCCUGUGCUUCCUGCCCAUUUGAAUCUCUCCUUUGGAGAUAAGUCUACUCAAGUCCUUUGUCCAUUUUUUUUAUCGGGUUGUCUUGUAUAUUUUUUCCCAUUGUGUAAGUUAUAUUUUCCCCUUCUUGGUAGUGCCCUCUGAUCCACAAAGGUUUUUAAUUUCAGUGACAUCCAGUUUAUCUAUUUUUUAUCCAUUUUUAUCUAUUUUUAAUCCAGUUUAUCUAUUUUUUCUUUUGUUACUCAGACUGAUGGUUUCACAUGUAAGAGUCCUUUGCCAAAUCCAAAGUCAGGAAAUUUUACAACUAUUUUCUCCUAAGAUGUUUAUGAUUUUAGCUCUUAUAUUUAGAAUGUUAAUCUGUUCUGAUACAUAUGAUAUGACAUGGGGUCCAACUUAAUUUUUUUUUUUAAGAUUUUAUUUAUUUAUUUGACAGAGAGAGAUCACAAGCAGGCAGAGAGGCAGGCAGAGAGAGAGGAGGAAGCAGGCUCCCUGCUGAGCAGAGAGCCUG